UAACCAAGUAUUUCCUGACAAAACAACGCACGGAAAAACAAGAAAUAAAUUAAUAAUAGUUGGGAAUAAAGAUAUAUAUUUGACUGUUUGCAGAGUUAAAGAAUUAUCAUAACGGGUCUGUUGUGUUGUUUGAUACUGAUAAUGAAUUUUAUAUACGAUUUACCUGAACGACUUUUAACGGUGAAAUCAUUUUUUCCAGUUAUUCAAUCGUCAAAGUUCAAGCAAUAUUUAGAUGAUUGUUUAACCAAUACAAAACAAUUAAUUGUUGAUCAAUUUCAAGCAAUAUGUUGUAAAAGUUAUGAAUUGGAGAAAGCGAACCAAUUAACAUGUCAUGUUGCAGUUCAUCCAAAGAAUUACUAUUUAAAUCGUUAUAAUGAUAUUUUAGCUUAUGAUCAAACACGAAUUGUCUUAAAAAAUACAAACGAUCGGAAUCCACUUACAUUUUCUGAGUUAUCUACAAACUUAACUGGAUACAUCAAUGCUAAUUUUAUAAGAUCUAUUGAAGUACCGUCUUCAGAUGAUACUUUACUACGAGCAAAUAACCAUUGUGAAUUCAUUGCUACGCAAGGUCCACUUAACCAAACAAUUGGAGAUUUUUGGCAUAUGAUUUACAUGUUUAAAUGUCCAUUUAUUGUUAUGUUAACAGGGCUUCAAUAUAAUGGUCAAACUAUUUGCGAUUUAUACUGGCCGGAGAAAUUAAACAAUCCUGAGCAUUAUAAAUCCAAUGGUUUUGAAAUCUCAGUUACACUACUUGAAACUAACCAGUCGGAUUGUUUCAUCAAAAGGAUUUUCAGCAUUUCAAUGUCAAAUAAUUCAAACGAAUCACAUAAUGUAACUCAAAUACACUUCACAGAAUGGGAAAAUUUCAGUGUACCAACAAUUACAGACAUGGAUAAACUUGUGAAAGAAUAUGAACAGAAUUAUCAAUCUCUUGUUAAUCAUCAAUCUAUUACAGCCUCAAUCGGACCAACUGUUGUACAUUGCAGUGCUGGUGUUGGUCGAACUGGAACAUUUAUUAGUGCUCUUAUUGUUCGCAGACAUCUUCGAUCUGGUUGUCAAUGGAUUAGUUUACCAAGUAUUGUUUUAAUGUUGAGACUCUGGCGCCACUGUAUGGUUGAGUUGACAGAACAAUAUCUAUUUCUACAUGAAUAUUUCGCAUAUAUUUUGAAUCAAGAUAUUGCUAACAUAACAUUCUAACCAACUAAUUGAGGAAUAAUUAUUUUAUGUAUUAAACAACAAAUGAUGAAUAUACUAUUGUCAAAGUAUGAACUGGUCAGUCAGUCAGUAACAACGUAGAACUGGUAAUUUCAAUUGUUUACAUUUUCCCACGUUAAAAACAAGCCAUUCUGUAUUGAUCAAGAUUUUCUUUUUCAAAAUAUUCAUUUCAAGUUUUUGUAUAUAAUUUAAUUCUUACAUUUAUUAUUGUUUACAAUAUACAGUAUGUUGUUUUAGCAACAAA